AUGUGGCACUCAACUCUCCUCCUCGUGCUCUUCUCCUGCGUCUGUGUGGCCCAGAGCCCCUCAAACUCGAGUACUUCUCUCAUCGUUACGUCUUCCAGUGGUAGUGUCGAUGAUGUCUACAACAUUUGCCCCGUUGUCAUCGAGUUCACCGAGGAACAAGACAAUCUGUCCGACGAUGAACUCAAGGCUAACGCCGCUGACGCAGUCAUGUCUGCUUAUCUGCUGAGCCACCCCAACAACACUCUGUGGGACUACUUCAAGAUUGAGAGGAAGCAGAAGAAGGCAAUGAGAAAGAGUCUGCCGUUGAAGGAACGGGUCAAGAACGCCAUCACGGGUUUCGUUGACUACACGCUUGACACUGCUAUCCACCUCGCACAGACUCUCGCGGAUGCUAUCGAGUGGAUCAUCAACACUAUCCGGGACCCCCUUGUCGGCGCCAAGCAGGUCACCAACUUCUUCAAGGAGUUUGGUAAGAACAUCAAGUCUCUAUGGGGACUCAUGAAGGAGGACCCCAAGGAGACGGCCGAGAACAUGGCAGGUGGCUUGCUACUCCACAUCACGCACCACCCGUCCGAGUUCACUGCUGAGACUGUUCUUAUGAUUGGUACUGGAUUCGCUGUGAUCGGUGGUCUCAUGCACGGUGUGGAAGCUAUCUUCGGUACGAUGAGCAACGUCAUCUCCAACGUCCUGCUAUCCGUGCUCAUGUUCAUUCAUGCCAUCGAUGACCCGAUCUACAUCGUCACUCCUCUCGUCACUUCCAUUGUCGACACGGCUGGAAAGCUUACCGCUAACAACACCGCGGAUAGUACAGUGCUUACGAUUGAUGCGAUUGAGCCUUUGGAGACGUGCCAGAUUCCGGAAGAGUUCCGUCCGGUUUUCUCUACCCGAGACUUGUGCUUGAGCUCCCCUAAACAAGUGCGGCAGCUGAUCUUUGGAACGUACAAGCGCGCCGCCAAGAUGACCCAAGAAGAACGUAUUGCUGCAUACCACCGCUUCCACGACUUCGUGUGCUGCUACCUGGAAGAUCAGGAGUUCGAGGUGAACGCCCCGAAGAUGGACGCGACGGCUUUUGAACCUGAUCUCGUCGCCACUCCCGUGAAGAUGCAAAACUGCUCUCAGCUUAUGGGCAACUACAGCGCAGCCACGGCCUGGAAGUCUUCUACUACCGAAAGCUCCGAGGUGGAGAGCGAUUACGACUCUGUGGUUGCCAAGAUUACCCUCCGCAGAGAAUAA